CUCAUGGCGCCAUCUGGACGCCCACGCCGGUAUGCUGUGUACACCCACCAAGCGGUCCUCGUUUUGACGCCAGCUUGUCGCGCGAGAUGGAGAAAAGGCCGCGCGGGCAGGCAGACGAUGCGGCUGAUGAUCGAUGGGUCAAUAUAUGCCCCGCUUGGCGGCAAUCCGUCUGAGUUCAGUGGAGAGUCGCUCUAGGCCUCAAUUGCACAUUGCUCUUAGAGCGCAUAGACUAGCCGCUGCAAGCGGACCUCAAGCAGGCGUGGCGUUCACAGUAAUGGCGACGAUAGGCGCCCCGGUCAUUUUGGCGGCAGGGCUGGCGUCUUCAUACUCCACUCAUACGUCCACACGGCUAAUUGGUAUUACGGCUCUUCAACAUCGCAUAGCCACUGCAGUCAACAUCGUGAGAUGUGCAAGUCGAUCAACGAGAGUUUUGUCCUCGAGUAGUCGAUAUUAAUUAACGGCGUCCGCGAACCUGCAGCCGAGCAUCCCCAAAACGUGGCCUUUUUAAGGGCGGAAAUACUGAAUGGAAUGUUGUCAAUACCAUGUGCUUGACAAGUCUGCGCAUAUGGCGUGCCAUCUGCUCGUGCU